AUGCCAAAUAACAACAAUAAUACAGAUAUACCUCUAUUAUCCACUACUUCCUUUUUACAUUAUAUACCCACUUCUUCUUCCGAUUCAACCAAUGAAUUAGACUUUCAUUUACCAUCUCGCACUUCACUUCAUGGAUUAACUGUUGCCGAAUGGGCAGGUUCAAAAUCAAAACAUUCAUUAGCCACAACACCCGUAAAUUAUUAUCAUAAACCAUGUGUAUUAAAAGAUACAGACGAUAACUGGAAGGAUGUUUAUCGUAAUAUCAAAUGUAUGGAUCAACUUUAUGACGCAUCCUUCUAUUCUUGGCUCAAGUCAGAAGAGAAUGUUCUCGUUACAGCAAUGUAUCUGCAUCGUAUUGCCAACGAGUAUCCCCUCGUUCGCAUUAUCAAUGCAUUAAAAUGGCUUAUUAGCGAUUGGAGAUUAGAAAGCAUCAGUACUCUCGUCAGAUAUGUCACAGUGGAUUGGUGCGAUGAAGUAGGUGACCUACGGCGAGCUCAUCUUUUACGUCACUUGACAAAUAGUUGGGCUACUCAGUAUACGACAACACUUAUCACCAUGGUUUUAUCAUCUGCACCUUAUGCAUCAGCCACUCAUCUUCAACGAGAACGCUUCCUAAGAGCAUUCACCAAGGAUUGGGAUUUUUCUAAACUAUCUGAAUUCUUCAUGUACUUGCAAAGCCCGGCCAAUAUUGACUAUAAAGUAAAAUGUGUCAUGCUUCAAGAGGCAGCUCGAAGGGAAAGAGAGACAUUAGGAGCCAAGCUUUAUCAUAGAAAGAAACAGACUGAAGAAGAAGAAGAAAAGCCAGGUGAAGGAGAAACAGAGAUAGAUGAUGGAAACAGAAGGCAUCAUAGGCGAACAUCGAGCAAUGAUGUGAACGAUAUCAAACGACUCAGAUUAUCAACUCCUGACCUGGAUCACGUGGAAGGGUUACAAGAAGCAAACGUUGGUAGCAGUAGCACCAAUAAUCCUCACCUUCAUUUACGAUCCGUCACCUCAUCCCCUCCUCCUUCCAUUACUUCAUCCAAUAGCACAAACACAAACAAUACUAAUGUUGGCAAUAAUAACAGUAGCAGUAGUGGUGGUGGUAGUGGUGGUGGUAGUAGCAGUAACAGUAGUGGUAGUCAUAGUAGUAGCAAUGAUAGCUCAGGCAUAACCAGUGGCAACAUUAACAACAAUAAUAGUACUAGUAGUAAUACUAGUGCUACUACUACUAUUACUAGUCAUAGUACCAGUAACAACAACAAUGGCAAUAAUGUUACUAGUAAUAGUAAUAACAACAAUAGUAAUAUGGCCAGCAGUAGCUCUAGUAGCAGUGCACAUGACUUUAUCUACCCUUCCUCACUUCCUGGACUAUCUCAUUUAAGGAGAAGAUCAAGUUCGAUUGGAUCUACAGAUUCAUGUGAUAUGAUAGAAGAUGCUGUGGAUGCGACAACAACAGCAACAGCAACAACAGAGACCGCAUUAAAAAAGAAAAACGUGCCAUCUUCUUCAAAUAAUCAUGUUUCUUCAUUUUUUACUGAAUAA